AUGAUUCCUCAAGAAAAAAGUGCACAAAAAGAUCGACUGCUCUUUGCACCGCGUCAAUUGUUUGGUCUGAGAUUAGGAGAUAUUUUAAAAUUUAUCUCCUCUCUAUUACUACCACUUGCAUUAGGUGUCUUUACUGUGAUUAUUACUUUUCAGCAACAAAAUGCAGCUAAACAACAACGCGAUGAAGAUCGAAAAGCAUCUCAACUACAGCGUGAACAAGAGAAAAAUCUCGAGGAGCAAAGAUACAAAAACGAAGCUCUCGAUACUUUUAUCAAAGAAAUGGGUAAAUUAUUAAAGGAGAGCAAUGGAUUUCUAACUGCUAAUCGUGUCACGGCUACACUUGCUCGCGUGAAAACUUUGAAUAUUUUGCGUGAAUUAGAUGCACAACGUAAUAUGCGUGUUAUUAGAUUUCUCUACGAAGCCAACCAACUUGCUGAAGUAGACGGACAUUCGCCAUUGGAUCUUUCAGCAGCAGAAUUGCGUGAUAUGAAUUUUCGUCGUCUAUCAAUCCUUAAAAUGAAAAUUACGAAUUUAUCAUUGACUGGCGUCUUUUUAUCGAAUGCGACAUUUGCUGGGGUUGACAUGGAAUAUGUAGAUUUUGCAACUAAUCAGUUUGACAAUGUGAAUUUCUUUUCAGACUACAUCAACAACGUCAGUUUUUCAUUCACUCGAUUGAAUAAUUUAAAUUUUUCAUAUGGAAAGUUUCCCUCAGCCAAUUUCGAUGGUAUGACAGCAUCCUACAUUGAAUUCCGAAAAGCAACUUGCAUCGCAGCGCUUUUCAGUAGUGCAACUUUGUCCGAAUCGAGCUUUCGUCACUCAAAUAUAAAACAUGCUUCAUUCAAAGACGCUAAAUUGAACAACGUCGAUUUUUUUCGUGCGAAUCUGUACAAGGCUGAUUUUUCUGCUGCCGAAAUUGAAGAUAGUAACCUGCAAAACGCUCUCUCUACUCAAGACGUUCUAAAAGAUGGCGAAACAAUUUUUCAUGAUAGCAACCUGCUCAACGAUGGUCAAUAUGAUUGCAAUAUUUCUCUUGAUAACAGUUGGAUAUUACAAACUGGUAAUGUCACUAAGAUAAUGUCUAAUAAGAGUAAUCUUAGUUGCCGGUUCACUUUACAAUUGCGCACUGAGAGAGCUACUAUGUUGCAACGUGUCGAUUUAUCGAACAAGUGGGAUUCAAGCAUUUGGCCAAACUCUCAAGCCGUAUUAAGAGCACAUAUGAGCGAUGGUGUAUCCAUGCAAUUGAAAGGAAUUAAAAGGAAUUAUUCAGUUUCCGCUAAGGAAAUUUUAGUGGAGCCCAAUAUUCCAGUUCAUGCUCGGUGGGUCCAUGAUGGCGUAACUGUUGCUAGUGGUCACGACGACGACGACGAUGAUAAUGACAUAAACCAACUCGAUACUGCUCGUGCUCUCUUCGUCGAUGAUGAUCAAUCAAUGAUCAUCGCUGACACAGGUAACAAUCGUGUCAUGCAAUGGAAGUGGGGAGAUCCAAAUGGACAAGUAAUUGUUGGUGACAAUGAAUCUGAAGAUCAAUUGAAUAAUCCCACUGAUGUGCUGAUCGAUCAAGAGACAAAUAGCUUCAUCAUUUGUGAUCAAGGUAACCGACGAGUUUUACGAUGGUCUCGUCGUAGCGAUGCGACUCAGGGAGAAAUUCUCGUCGACAAUACCGAUUGCCAUGGAUUGGCUAUGUGUGAUCAACGAUUUCUUUAUGUCUCUGACAUUGAAAAGCAUGAAAUCAGACAAUAUACAAUCGGAUACAAUAAUGGAACCCUCAUGGCCGGUGGGCAUGGGAGAGGUUCUGGUUUUCAUCAGCUCUUCGCGCCGAGGCACCUGUUUGUCGAUCGACAACAGGUACUCUAUGUGUCAGACUGGGGCAAUCAUCGUGUGAUGAAGUGGAACAAAGGUGCCAAAGAAGGCUUAGUCGUUGCUGGAGGUCGCGGCUAUGGGAAGGCACUAACACAAUUGCAUUUUCCUGGAGGGUUGUUUGUCGAUAUGUCAGGCACAAUUUAUGUGGCAGACAUGUACAAUGAUCGAGUGAUGCGUUGGCCUCAAGGAGCAAAACAAGGCAUUAUUAUUGUGGGUGAUAACAGAGAAAGAGAAGAAGCAGAUCAGUUCUUGUCGCCAACUGGUUUGUCUUUCGAUCGCCAUGGCAAUAUCUAUAUCAUAAAUGGUUUGAAUAAUCAAAUUCACCGAUUUUCUCUCGAAUAG